CAAAUGACAGCAAAAGAAGAUGAAGAAGAAGAAGAAUGAGUUUUGAACUAAAAAAAAACAUCGAGCCGAUUUAGAGCGAACAUUUCUUUAAAAUGGAAUUCUGCCUUGAACGAGAUGGGAUAUUGAAACAGGAAGAACCAGAAAACAGUUCUGCAACCUUUUCUCCAUCGUCCGCUCCAACAAUUGAUUCCCAAAUAAAACUCGAAUAUCAGAUUUAUGAUGAGGAAUUCACACAGAAAAGCGAUCUUCAUAAAGACGGCUUACUACCUGAAGAGGAACAGGUUUAUAGUUGCGAAAUUUGCGAGAAACAAUUUUCAUUGAAGAAUGCCCUGAAGAAGCAUAUGAUCGUUCAUACUGAAGACAAACCAUUUCAGUGUAAUGUGUGUGGCAAAGGAUUUCAGUAUUAUCAGCGAUUAAAGGACCACACAAAUAUUCACAUUGGAAAGCGUCCAUACAAUUGCACUGUAUGUGAAAAAAAAUUCUCGUCCAAAAGGAUGCUUGUUCAACACAUGCACAUUCACACAAGCCAGCGUUCGUACAAAUGCAUUGUAUGCGGAAAAGAAUUUGCCAUUAAGGGUUACUUGAAUAAACAUAUGUCUAUUCACGAAAAAGAGUACACAUAUACGUGCGAAGUGUGUGGCAAAGCCUUUAAUGAUGGUACUGACCUCGCGAGACACCAACGCAUUCAUACGAACGAGAAGUUUAAAUGCACCAUUUGCGAGAAAGAGUAUUCGACAAAGUAUUAUCUCAGCAGACACAUGAAAAUACAUGUAGAUGAUUACGAGCAUAAGUGUGAUGUGUGCGGCAAAGGAUUCAUUUGCAAAUCAAUUUUGAAAGACCACGAAAAUAUUCACACAGGUGAACGGCCUUACAAUUGCACUGUCUGUGGAAAAGACUUUCAUCGUAAAACAAAACUCGCAGUGCACAUGCAACUUCACACAAGCGAGCAACCGCACAAAUGCACCGUAUGUGGGAAAGAUUUUGCCAUUAUGGCGUACCUAUCAAAACACAUGCUUUUUCACAUGGGUGAUAAUAAGCAUGAGUGUGACGUGUGUGGCAAAGGAUUUGUGACCAGAGCACUCUUGAAAGAUCAUAAACGCAUUCAUACAGGAGAGCGACCGUUCAAAUGCACCGUAUGUGAAAAAGAAUUUGCCAUUAAGGGUUACCUAACUAAACACAUGUCUAUUCACCAAAAGGAGUACAAAUAUAAGUGCGAAGUGUGUGGCAAAGGCUUUCAUGAUGGUACCAACCUCGUAAGACACAAACGCAAUCAUACGAACGAGAGGUUCAAAUGCACCAUAUGCGAGAAAGAUUAUACCACUAAGUAUGAACUCGGGAGACACAUGAAUAUUCAUGUAGAUGAUUACGAGCAUAAGUGUGACGUAUGCGGCAAAGGAUUCAUGACCAGAUUACUCUUGCAAGACCAUGAAAACAGCCAUACAGGAGAGCGGCCGUACAAAUGCACUGUAUGUGGAAAAGAUUUUGCGACUAAGUCUGCCAUAUCCAAACACAGGUUUAUUCACGAAAGUGAUUACAAGUACAAGUGUGAAGUAUGUGGUAAAGGCAUGAAUGAUAGUUCAAGCUUUGUGAGACACAAACGCCUUCAUACGGAUGAGAUGUAUAAAUGCAACAUAUGCGGAAAAGAUUUUCAAGGUAAAAUAAAUCUUACCGUACACAUGCGUCAUCACGCAAGCGAACGACCUUACAAAUGCGACAUAUGUGGGAAAGAUUUUGUCAUUCAGUCUUUCCUAUCCAGACAUAUGUCUAUUCAUAAAUAUGGUUACAAAUAUAAGUGUGAUGUAUGCGGCAAAGGAUUCAUGACCGGGGCACUCUUUAAAGACCAUGAAAACAGCCAUACAGGAGAGCGACCGCACAAAUGCAAUGUAUGUGGAAAAGAUUUCGCAACUAAGUCUUACCUAGUCAGACACAGCUUUAUUCACGAAAGUGGUCACAGGUACAAGUGUGAAGUGUGUGGGAAAGGCAUGAAAGAUAGUUCCAGCUUCGCGAAACACAAACGCCUUCACACGGACAAGAAGUAUAAAUGCACCAUAUGCGGGAAAGAUUUUUCCACGAAGAAUUAUCUAAAUGAGCACAUGCUUAGCCACACGGCAUCAGUGUGAUGUGUGUAGCAUAGGAUUCGAAACCAGCUUAGCUUUGUAAAACCACGACCAUAGUAAAGCCGUUGAAGUGUCAAUGAGUUUACCGUAUCAAGGGAAAUGAACAUGGAAAUUUCUAGUAUUGACGUAUGGACCGGUCGCGAAGCUGUCUGCCAUUCGGACCGUGCUAGCAGUUGGAGUUCAACAACGCUGUAUAUACUACCAAAUGGAUGAUAAGACGACAUUUCUGCAUGACUAUGAACUGCGUGAGGAAAUCUACACGGAUGUUCCUGAGGACCAGAAAGCUCCUCCUGGAAUGGUAGUUUCAUGUACAAUAUGAUCUCGACUCGACCCGAUAUCAGCUACCAGGUUGGGUACUUGGUGUUAUGGUAGCGUUAGGUCAAUCAGGGCUCAUGAGAGUGAUUGAUAUUCAAGAGAUGAGAGAAUAAUCUGAAAGAAUAAAGUCAGUUAUGAAUUUUUACCAUAGUAUAUCCUGUGUACUAUAAUAGUUUCCUCUAAUUUGUCUACUCCGUUUGGUUUGCCGCCGGAGUUCUAACACUUGAGACGAUUUCAGCAGAAACGGACCACGGAGUUGGCGUUGAAAUGUGUAAAAAGCAAUAAAAAAAGCCCACUUGCCGGGUGCGUUCAUUCCGACCGGUCAUUUCACCAAAUAGGUUUCUCAAAGAUUUCUGUCUGUGUUUGUAAUUAUCAUUAACAGUUCUACCUUUGAAUGCUCAAACGAAUUCACGUAGUUACUGGCGUUGGAGUUGGUGAUAUCAUCAGAUAUGAAUAAUUAAAGGGUUACAUACUUAGCCGUCUCCAUCGGUGAUCCAAUGUGUUUUACAGCUAGAGGCGUGUGUUUUACAUUAUUUACAACAUCAUAUGCUCAUGCGGGAAAUUAAUUUAUGUGUGAAAAAUAUAGUUUUAUACCUUUGUUCUUUAUCCAGCGCAUAAGAUUCUGUUUCAAACAACAAAAAAUUUUCAAUUCUGAUUUCAACAUGUGUGAAAAUGUUAUGUUGCUCAUUAUAAAAUUAUUUUAUUCGUCACACACAUUGGCUCUUAUUAUCGUUCUCAUUUCCACUUUCACAAUCACUUCACUUAAGCACAAUCACAGUAUCACGCACAAAAUUCUGGUGAUGUGAUGUUCGUAAUAACCACAAGCUCACCUACACACUUAGAUUUUUUUUCCCGAAUCUCGGCAAAAACUUUGCCGAGAUUUGAACAGCCGAGUUGUCGGCAAUCAUCUCGGUAAACAUUAAAACAACUGAAAUUAUUGGUAUUUUGAUUUGACAUAUAAUUUGCUUUUACCGAGAUUUUCGGUUUCGAGAAAACUAUAGUUUACCGAGAACUUCGUCGUUUCUGGAAACAAAUUAUCAGUGUUCAAGUAUGUGAG